GAUUCAUACUGCUGUUUUUCUUGACUUUCAUUCUUUUCCUUUAGAUCAGAUCCAGACUCUAGCCAUGAUGAGGUUAAUUUUGCUCGUUCUAUCCGCCACGGCGGCGCUUACCUCGCCUCUUCGCCGAAGCGCAGCGAAGUUAUCGCCUGUUACGCGUAAUGGAACUACCCUAUUAGUUGACGGCAAGGCUUGGAAAGCUGUUGGUCCAAAUGUCUACUGGUUAGGCCUUGAUGAGAAUGUGACGCCACCGGAGGGUGAGCCGUUUUACGCCCCCACUAAGGCCAGUUACCCUACCAAAGAACGUAUCACCGAAGUGAUGGCGACAGUGCAGGCUUUGGGAGGAACAAUGAUCCGCGGGCACACACUGGGUAUCAGCACUGGGAACCCCCUAAGUGUUGUGCCCGAACCAGGAGUUGUUAACGAGAGAGCCUUCGAACCAAUUGACUGGGCCGUCUAUCAAGCUGGAGUUUAUGGUGUCAGGUUGCUCAUACCGCUAGUAGACAAUUAUGACUACUAUCAUGGAGGGAAAUACAACUUCCUUCGAUGGGGAGGUUUCGACCUUAACCAGAGGAGGGAUGAAAAAAAUCCUCAAGUUCAACAGUUCUAUACUAACGAAACCAUCGUUGCAACCUUCAAAGAUUAUGUCAAGACGAUCAUUACACACAGGAACCAGUACAAUAACUUGACCUUCGCCGAGGACCCUACGAUCUUCGCAUAUGAGACAGGUAAUGAACUUCUUGGUCCUGUCUGGGGUGAUAUGAACUCGCCAGCGGAUUGGGUCCAGGAUAUCGCGAAAUAUGUUAAGAGCCUUGCUCCGCAGAAGCUCGUCGUUGAUGGAACAUAUGGCGUCAACAGCACUCAUUUAGGCAUCGAGGAAGUUGACAUUUUCUCCGACCAUAUGUACCCUGUCGACACAACCAAACUUCAAAACGACAUCAAAUUAGUCGAAACAGCCGAAAAACCUUUAUUCAUUGGUGAAUAUGAUUGGGUAGGUGGAAAUACUGCGAAUCUGCAAUCAAUGUUCAAGGCCAUUGAGGAGAGCCCGGUUAUUGUCGGCGACACUUUCUGGAGUCAAUUCGGACAUAAUGCUCCGGACUGUACUGCCUACGUGGAUCAUAGCGAUGGUCUCGCCUUACAAUAUGGAAACCCGAAGAAUACCGCGAACCAAAAUAGCCGGAUUCAACUCAUCAGGAAGCACUUCAUUGCCAUGAGCCAGGGUAAAGAGAUUGCGGCGGACGAGCCUUUGCCUGCUGUGCCGUGCCCGGCUCCUACAUCUCCAUCGUCUCGUUAAGAUUAUAGCAAUACUUAAAAACGAAACGAUAGAAAGCUAGCUUUGUCAUGAAUUGUGCAGAUAGUCUCACG